UCCUCUCCUCUCCAUUUCAAAGCUCAGAACCAAACCAACAAAACAAAUUUCCCCUAAAUCCCUCCAUUUCUCUUCCUUUCCCAUUCCCAAUCCCAAACCCUAAAAUCUUUCUUCACACCAUUACAAUGCCAACGAGUUCUCCUCACUCCGACCGGACUAAGAUCGCUAACUUAUGGCGUUUCACCCGCUUCAUUGAUUACCGGUGUUUUGCUCCGCCGACGCUCGACUUUAAUCCUGACUCCGACGCUCUCAGUCGAAGGCCUUAUCGCUUGCUUCCUCGUCAGGAUCUCAUCGAUCUCUUCGUCUUGAAGCUCGACGGUUCUGUUUUUGGCGUUCGUGUAUCACGUAACAGUACUGUAGCUGAUCUUAAACGAGCGAUAGAGGAGGUUUUUGAUUCGCCCGGUGGGAGUGAACACUACAAGAUUACAUGGUCACUUAUCUGGGGACAUUUCUGCCUAUGUUAUGAAGGAGAAAAACUCACUGAUGACAAGGCAUGCAUUAGAGGUUAUAGUAUUAAGGAUGGUGAUCAGCUUCAGUUUAUUAGGCAUAUGUCUAUCAACUGUUUAUCGAUGAAGAAAGACAGGAAGAACCAAACUGUUCCUUGCAAAACAAUAUUGUUUUUCUCGCCAGAAUCAAAAGCUGUUGAAGAGAAUCAAGCAGACAGUCGAGACGAUAUCAAGGAUUAUCAAGUUCACAGGGACGAUUCGAACCAAGAGGAGGUUGCUUCUAUGGCUAGAGCUAGAUUUCAGCUGUCAAAUUUCUUCAAAGGACGGGUAUUGUAUUCCAGGGUAUGGGGUUUCUGUAAGAGUGCAUCAGAAGGCAGGAAUAGGGCUUCCUCUGCUUUUCGCAUUGCUUGAGAUUGGAAAUGGACAUGGAAUAACACAAGCUGCAACUGCAUGCAAGGUAAUGAACUUAGCUAGGAACUGUAGGAUUGAAACUUAAGCAUUUGAUUUAUGAACGAGAGGAGUUAGAUUGGAGAGUAGGCCUAGGAGAAAGGAAAUAGAGGGAAGAUUUCUGAAAUGUAAAUAUCAGCCUCCAUUUAUUGUUGGAUAGUUUUGUAAAAAGUUCUUUUGCUUCACUUCUCCUUCCAUCUUUGGUGUUAGCAGUGAAGUCGUUUACUAUGAUAAUCUGAAAAUUGGCUUCAUUUGAUUACA